AUGUCACUUCAAGUUAAAUUUAUAACAAGAUUAGACAAAUAUUCUGUUCCUGAUACAACAUUAGUUAUUCCAUCGUCAUCAACAAAUUCUCAAUUAGAAGCUAUUUUAAAAGGAUUAUUACAAACAACAGUAUCUUCUAAUGAUUUAUCUCGUAUUUCAUUUGAUUUUUUAUGUCUUAAUAAAUUAAUACGUUCAUCAUUAGAAGAACAUAUACGAGAAAAAGAUGAAUCAUUACUUGAAUCAAUAAUUUCAAUUGAAUAUAUUGAAAAAUUUCAAGGUCCACUACCUGAAGAUGCAUUAAUGCAUGAUGAUUGGGUAUCUGAUUGUAAAUCAUUAGGUGAUUCAAUAUUAGUUGCUUCUUAUGAUACUAAAGUUCAUUUAUGGAAUAAUCAAGGAGAACAUAUAAUUAGUCUUCCAGGACAUACGGCUCCUGUUAGAUCUCUUGCUUUUAUUUAUUCAGAUGAAGGUGAACAUGAAUUUAUAAGUGGAUCUCAUGAUCAGACAAUAUUAAUAUGGAAAUAUGAUCAAAAUAAAAAUAAUGUUCAAUCAUUAAUUACUUGUAAAGGACAUCAAGGAACUAUUGAAACAUUAGCUUUACAAAAAUUAUAUUUUUGUUCGGGAUCUUUUGAUAAAACAAUUAAAUUAUGGGGACUAGAAGAAGAAAAAGAAAAAGAAAAAUCAUCAACAAAAGAAUGUCGAUUAACAAUAAAUGCUCACAAUGAAAAUGUCUCAUCAAUUGGUUGGAAUUCUCCAAAUGAACUUGUUUCAUGUUCAUGGGAUCAAACAAUUAAAUUAUGGAAUAUGGAUACAAUACAAUCAACACAAACUUUUAAAUGUGGAAAAGCUGUUCUUUCACUUGAUAUAUCACCAGUUAAUGGUUUAUUAGUUUGUGGUUUUACUGAUCGAUUUAUUCGUCUGUAUGAUACACGUCUUCAAGAAGGAUAUGUUCUGCGAUCAACAUAUUCAUCACAUAGUCAAUGGGUAUCAAGUGUUAUGUGGUCACGAAAAUCCGAAUAUUUGUUUGUAUCUGGUUCAUAUGAUUCAUUAGUUAAACUAUGGGAUACUCGUUCACUAAAAGCUCCACUAUAUGAUCUUCAAGGACAUGACGAUCGUGUUUUAUGUGUCGAUUGGUCAAUUGAUCAAUUAAUUCUUUCGGGAGGAGCUGAUAAUUCAUUGAAAAUGUUUUCAUUUAGAUAA